AGCAGACCUGAUGACCGAAUUGUAAGGAAAAUACCACAAAUUACGAAACAACUUUAGCAAGACCAUGCGGGCAACUUUGCUUGCCCUGCUUCUGGGCGCUCAUAUACUAUUAGCAUGCGCCGGCGAGGACCGUGUACUUGCCGAGCAAAAGCCAGCAGCUAAGACAUCGAAUAUUAUCCCCUCAGCUGGCCCUGCAGAGCUAUAUAGCGGGAAUGGGGACGUUAGCGCAACGGGAGAGUGUGCUGGUGACAUUAAGGCGGCUUGCAAGGACGUCAGCGCGGGCGAGGGCCGGUUGGCACUAUGUCUCACAAAGCGCAUCCGUGCUCAGCGCCAAGGGAACGUUGUUGGCCGGAAGGUGUCCAGUAAAUGCCAGGACUCACUAGCAGCCUUCAAGAUGGACAGGUCUAAGAACAUCAACAAAGACGUGCCCCUCGCCAAGGCUUGCAAAGAUGAUGUUGCCAAGCUGUGCAAGUCUGCUAACGACAACACCCUGCCUGGCUCUGUUGCGGGAUGCCUAACGGACAAUAAGCCAAAGCUUACUGCAGCUUGCGGUGCGGAGGUUUUCCGGACGCAGCAAGAAGUUGCGGAGGAUUACCGGUUCGAUUACAAGCUGUACACUGCCUGCAAGGACGACGUUGCUAACCUUUGCUCGGACGCAGAGAAGGGUGAUGAGCUGGAAUGCCUGGCCGAGAAGCGGCUACAGGUGUCAUGGGAGUGCCAGAACCAGAUGUUCCGCAACGAGAAGGACAGCGGCGACGACAUCCGCCUUAGCACCCGCUUGUUCAACAAGUGCUUGACAGACCAGCAGAAGUUCUGCAAGGACGUGGAGCCGGGCCACAUGCGGGUGCAGGAAUGCCUUGAGGACAACGUUGAGGAGUCCGGGUUUUCUGCCGAGUGCAAGUCUGAGCUGGAAAACGUCAUUGCUAAGCGUGUGGCGGAUUUCCGUUUGGACAUCGCGCUCCGUGAGGCGUGCGAGAGCGACCUGAAGGAUACCUGCGGCACCUCCCUUAAGGAAAUGGACGAGGACGACAAGCGGAAGAAGGACGCGCUCAACUGCUUGACGCAGUAUCGGGAGGAGCUGAAGAGCGACAAGUGCAGGGCGGAGAUCCACCGACGCCUUUCCCGUGCUGCCCGUGACAUCCGGUUCGAUGAGGUGCUUGCGAGCUCCUGCACGGAGGACCGCAGCCGCUUUUGCAGUGACAUCCAGCCGGGCUCCGCCAGGGUCAUCCGCUGCCUCCAGGACAACCGCAACAAUCUGGAGUCGAAGUGCGCUGCUGCCCUUUUUGACCACGAGGUCAAAAUGGCAGAGGACAUUGACUUCAAGUUCCCAAUGAAGCGUGCGUGCGCAUGGGAGAUCAGCAACUUCUGCAAGGAUAUUCCGCAUGGUCAUGCCCGCGUUGUAAGGUGCCUCGAGGACAAGUUGGACGACACGGACAUGUCUAAAGAGUGCAAGGACGAAGUAAUGAAGGACAUGAACCGCAUGUCGCAGGAUUUCCGUCUCAACUGGCGUCUUAACCACGCCUGCGAUUCCGAAAUCCAGAAGCUUUGCCCCAACAGGUGCAGCAGCGUGCCCGGCGUUACUUGCGGAGGCCUGGUGCUGCAGUGCCUCCAGGAUAAGCAGGAUAACAUUACCAGCCAGGCUUGCCAGGAUGAGGUGUUCUACUACGAGCUUAUGGAGGUUACUGACUUCCGUAACGACGUUAUCCUCGCUGAGGCGUGCCGCAACGAUGUGGACGCGUACUGCAAGGACGUUGAGCCUGGUGAGGGUCGCGUCCACCAGUGCCUGCGCUACAACAGGGAUAAGCUCUCUGAGCAGUGCCGCAACGAGGAGAUGAAGCUGGCUGCUCUGGAAUACCGGGACAUUCGCCUGCGGCCUAAGCUCAAUAAGCUCUGCUCUGAGGAGAAGGCGGUGUACUGCAAGGACGUUAAGCCCGGCAAGGCGCGCGUGAUUAAGUGCCUGAUGGAGAACAUGGCCCAGCCCAACUUCGGCGAGGAGUGCAAGGAGGAGCUGCAGAAGCGCGAGGACAUGAUGAAGUCGGACUACCGGUACGACGUUGGCGUCCUUACCAACUGCGAGUCGGACGUCGACACCUACUGUGCUGAGGCUAAGACUAAGCUCCGGGGCAACGCCACGGUCCUUAAGUGCCUGGUGGCUAACUUUAAGAACCUGGCAGAGCAGUGCCAGUCCGAAAUGUCGCGCGCUGUUCGCCUUGCCCUGUGGGACUACAAGCCGGGCGCCGCGCUUACGACCGCGUGCGACAAUGACGUGGACACGCAGUGCCCACGGGGUGCCCGCAGCCGCUCCGGCGCUGUGUUCACGAUCGGCGCUGUGGGCCGCUGUCUGUCAAAGGCUCUAGUGGAGGGCAAGCGGCUUGAGAGCAAGUGUCGCUCACUGGUUCUUGUAGCCGCACCUAAGGACGCACGCGUUUACUUCGACCACCCAGAGUCCACAUCCGCGCUUAUCCAGAAGAUCGCGCAAGUGCAACAAGCAGCUGGCUUGGAGUCGGUGCUUGUAGAUGCUGACAGCAGCACAGUAACCGUAACUGGGUGGGUCGCGCUGGCCUGCAUCAUUUCGCUCAUCGUCGUUUUCGUUGGCGGGGCAGUGCUGCUGUACAAGCGUCUUGUAGGAGCGGAGAAGCCACACACGCUCACCGUCAGCUACAAGAAUGGUGAAAUCUAAUUGGUUGGCUGGUUACACAGACACGUAGCUGCAAUAGGGUUGCUAGGCGAAUUUGGGGUUCCGGGGUAGUACAGGGUUUCGGAGGGAUGCAAUAGGUCUGUCAAGCCUUGCAGUGCCGAGCGCCAGCAGCAUAGGACAGUUUCAUUAGGGGAAUUUCAGGGGUCUUGUUUCCUCGUAACGAGUGAUCCGAGGUUGUGACAUGGUAUAUACUUUUACGUUAAUUGUCUAUGAUACGGGUAACGCUUCGUAAGCGAAAAGGUGGGAAGGGCAUUUUAGACAGGAUUACCUGACAUGAUGAGCAUUGACAUGUUGCUGUAGUGAUGACCUCAGGGGACAUACGCGAAAACUAGCGGGGUGUACCGUUAGCAAUGCUGUUUAGACGGAUGCGGCUCAGGUUGGUUUAGAAAUCCCACCGGUGUUUCGCCGGUGCUGUAUAGCCUUAUAAUAGCCGACUGCCAGAACUCUACAUAUGUGUGACUAAAUGGCACCACGAACGAACAGACCUUCCGUAUUUUUUUAAGAAUUGUACUUCACAGUACUUCCUGGAUUCGAUAUGGAGGUACUACCCUCUACUCGUUGCGAAUUCACUGCGACAAAAAUGGCCGGC